AUGGAAGGAAUGCUGUAUAAAUGGACCAAUUACAUAAGUGGUUGGCAGCCUCGUUGGUUUGUGCUUGAUGGAGGAACUUUGUCUUACUACGACUCUCAAGAAGAUGCCUGGAAAGGUUGCAAGGGCAGCAUUAAAAUUUCAGUUUGUGAAAUCCAAGUUCAUUCCUCUGACUCUACACGAGUUGACCUGACCAUACCAGGAGAGCAGUACUUUUACCUCAGAGCCAUCAAUGCAGCAGAGAGGCAAAAAUGGCUGGUGGCACUGGGAACAGCCAAAGCUUGCCUUACAGACAACCGAACAAAAAGAGAAAAAGAGCUCCAAGAGAACACAGAGGCUCUGAAGACUAAGAUGUCAGAACUCAGAUUAUACUGUGACCUUCUUCUACAACAAGUAAACAAGAUCAAGGAGAAUGAUGAGCUAGGAGACACAACGGAGACAGGCAUAGACACUGGAAAGAUGGUGAAGUCCACGUGCACCACUUUCCUUAAGACUCUAGAGGAAUGCAUGCAGAUAGCAAAUCGUACUUUUAGUACGGAUAUGGCAACACAGAGUCCACCAGGAUCUCCUCCAGUAGCAGCCGUCAAACCUCAGAAGAUUAAACCUGUCAAUCAUUUAAAUCUGAACCUUGGAGAGAAGUGGAGAGAUUUGGCUGAAACCUCAGGAGAAACAAUUGCACAUGACAACCAGAACCUUGACUAUGGAGCAGAGGGACCGGAUGAGCCAGAUAGACCAGAACACCAAACUUCCCCAUCAGACAUUGAUGCAGCCAACGGCAACAGCUCAGUCUACGAGGAGCGAGGUGACCCUGCUUUACAUGCUACCCAGAAUACCUCUGAGAUUGAACACUACGACCAACCAGCCGAGGGGGGUGAGGAAAAUGAAGCCGAGGAUCAAAGGGAGACAAAACAAGAGGAGAAGCACAGACUGGACCAAAGUCGAGAGCAUGACGACAACAACAAGGAGGCAAACGUUGUCCAGCAUCAGCAACAACAGGAAGCUGUUCCUGACCAAGAAGAGACUCCACAGAAAGAUGAGACCUCCAGAGAUUCAGCGGAGCCAGAAGACACCGAGCAGGUGGAAACUUUCUUCAGCACAAUGAGUCACAGAUUUAGUGAUAUAAGACUGGACGACGACAAUGGUAUCCCUACUCAAGAGUUUUUGGAUUCAUGCUAUGCAAUAGUGCCUGUAUUAGACAAGCUGGGGUCCACAGUGUUUGCACCAGUUAAAAUGGAUUUUGUUGGAAAUAUCAAGAAAAUUCACCAGAAGUUGAUGUCAGAACCUGACAGCUUCCCCACACUACAGUCCAUCGUGCUGCAUGAAGUCCAGACAGAUGUUACCCAGGUGCGCAACUCUGCUACCGAGGCACUGCUGUGGCUCAGACGAGGCCUGAAGUUCCUCAAGGAAUUUCUGUCAGAGGUCAACGCAGGACAUCAAGACAUACAGGGAGCGCUAAAUAAUGCCUAUGGAAAGACCCUUCGGCAGUACCACGGAUGGGUUGUGCGGGGUGUAUUUGCUUUGGCGCUGAGAGCUGCACCGUCCUAUCAAAGUUUCAGCGCCGCCUUAGUGUCAAAAGAGGGCGACGAGUUGAAGAGAGGCUUCACCAGCGGCAUGCACAGGGAUCUGGGAUUGUACCUGCCUGCCAUGGAGAAGCAGCUGGCCAUCCUAGAUGCCCUGUACGAAGAAUACAACCUGGAAUCGGAUGAAGUGGUGUGAAAUGUGAACAGAGAGAUUAUACGAGUUCAGGGAAGGGCAGAACCUGACUGCAGGGGCUGCUGAAGGAGGGUGCCAGAUGCAUCAAGUGCAUCUUGUGUACAAAAUAGUGUGAGCAUGUCCCGUGUCAGUGUGAGGUGUUUCCAGUGGUUGUUAAACUUAAGGGCCUAAGUUUUUAAAGAAGGUAUGUCUGUAUUUAGGAGCCUACAAAGCAAGCACUAAUAAUUAAGACUAUUAUGGCUUGAAAAAAAUGUAGUUUCUGGGUCUUGUUUAAAAGGCUGUUGAUAGUGUAGGGGGUUUAAGCCCUAUUAUGCUCAAACCAUAAUGAUUCAUGGUGACAUUUGUUUCUGGUGCACAUUUUUUUUUCACUGUGUUGUGGCUUUUUAUGUACUAUACAUGUUUUAAGGUACAUAACCACAAGAUUUUUGGCUUAAUUUUUAAUCAAUCCUUGGAUAUUCUUGGAUAUCCUUGGAUUGAAAUAUAAUGAUACGUGUACCUAACACAAAGCACUAUUUUGACUAAAACAAUGUUGGAUUGUUACAAUGCCCAAUAUAUGCCUUAAAGGAUGUGAUGGAAUUGCAUACUGGGCAAAUUUUUAGUGUAUUAGGUAAAUGUUCUUUCUUGCACUGACUGUUGAAGUUUAGUGGAAAUUAUGAUCAAUAUUGAUUUUCUUUCUUUCCCAGAAAGUUUAAUGCAAAUCCUGCAGUUUGACUAAGUUGACAAAUGUUUUACAUCGCUAAAAUGUUACGAGAGAAUUUCCAUGGGACCAAAAAAGGAGCUAUGAUGUGAAUGGUUUAAUCCUCUGCUGCCUACAGUGCCACAACACGCAAGAAUGAAGUAAUCCAGUGUAGCUGUUAAAGAACUGUGACAACUGCUGAUUAUUUGUGGACAUUCUCUGCACAGUGUUCAUUUUCACAAUGUCUAUUUAUUAUGUCUUAAGUUAUAAAGUCCACAUUAAUGUCAUGGGAUCAUUUCAGCCCAGCAUAUGCGUGAAUGUAUGGAAUUUUGUAUCCAUAGAGCAUGUUUAUUGAUUGCAUGGUUUUAUCUAUAAAGGAACAUAGGUGCCAGUGAAAUUAAGUUAAUAAAUAAUCCAAAAGGGAUAGAUUGUGAAAGUUGAAUUGCUUCUCCUUCAUCUCUGUACUAAUAAUGAAUAGUAGCCUUCAGCAAGUCUACUUUACAGAUUUCAUCAUUUUUUCGCCGUUUCAUCUGUGCACUGUCAAUAUACUUGAGCGUCAUUACCAGUCGUACUUAAUAUUUUAUGAUGUCGAUUCAACGAUGGAAAAAAAAAAAGUAGUGGUGAGAGGUUAAAGUUUAUCCACAGAUUCACUGAGCCAUUCGAAACAAAGCAGGAACAUUCUCAUAGGGCUUUUUUACCGAGACAUACCAUGUAGUAUUUUUAACUUUAUCCUAACUAUUCUUUUAAGUUUUCAGGAACGUAUACAGUAAUAAUUCUUCUGUAGGCAUUUGCACCAAGUUUACGUCACGGCUGUGUCAUAGGUUGAUUUCCUGCUGCAGAUGAAGUCCACUGUUAAUCCUGAAAAUAUGCUAUUGUAAUAUUACAAACAUUGGAUUUGGUAUUUCUUCUAUGAUUGUAUAUAAGAUGCUAUGUGAUUUUUACAUAAUAAAUAAUGGAGUUGUCUUA